ACUCAAAAAUGUCUCCCACAUACUUGCUAGUGUUGUUCCUUGGACUGGUGGUUCUCACCACCCCAUCUCUUGCUGAUUACCCCAAGCCCCCUCCAACCAAAAAGCCACCACCGGAGCACAAGCCUUCGGUGGAGAAGCCACCUCCAGAACACAAGUCACCCACUAAACCUCCCAAGGGAGAGAAACCACUCCCAGAACACAAGCCACCAACCCCAAUUGGUAAACCUCCCAAGGGAGAGAAACCACCACAUUAUGGUCACAACCCUGGCCACCCUCCUUUCGAGAGCAAAGAAGACUCGUACAAGCCGCCUCAUAAGAUUGAGCCUCCUUCAGCUCCGAUGAAAAAGCCAGAAGCUCCUGGAAAGAAGCCAUCAACUCCGCCCCACAAGCCACCGCACAAACCUCCAUCUCCCUCCCAUCCCAACUGAGUGACUUUGGUUGGCAUAAGUAGUAUGUAAAAUAAGAGCUACUGUGCACCGGUCUUAUCCUUUUCUACGUGUUAAUUGUGGCUAUGUGUCAGUCACUACUACAUCUUGUUGGGGAAUGUCUAUGUGGGUCACUCUUUGUGGUAUUUGUACCUUGCUUGUAGGCG